GGAAUACAGCCAGAACACCAGUUGCUUGCUCCUUAAUGCAAACUUCUGGCCGGGGCUUGCAAGACCAAUUUUUUUUCCCCUGACGAGUGCCCUUUAUUGAAGGCUGUACUCGUCGGUUAAUAUGGUUUAAUGCCUACUCAUGGCAACGCUCUGCAACGCCCUGGAAGCUGUUAGGCGAGAUUUAAGGCGAACCGACAGAGAAAUAAAGAAGCGCUUAAGGCUUAUGGACAUGAGUUGCUGCCCUAAAUCCUGCGAAGUCCAGGCAACCUGCCUCUGUGAUAUAAGUCUCCACCCACACUGUUGCUGUCUUCUCCACCCCUACCCGCACUGCCUGUGUGACAUACUAUGCUGUCGUCCCUGUAGACCGCCUUGCCUCUCACCUAUGGAGCGUAAAGCUAUCAGGGCUAAGAUAGAAGCUGAGCAAGAACUGGCCAGAAUUCGAAGAAGGAUUACUAAGAUGAUGGCAGCAUGUAGCCGCCCAAAGCUGCUGGCUUUAAUGGACGUUAAGGGUUUCGACCCAGAAGACAUUACAGUGUGUGUACAAGAUGGGAAAGUUAAAGUGUCGGCUGAGCACGAGGAAGAAUUUAAGACUUGCAGAGGGAAGGAGUACAACUACUCAACCGUCACCAAGGAGAUCUGCUUGCCACCAGGGGUGUGUGAGAAUGAAGUCACUUAUACCAUAGGACCCUGCAGUCUCGUGAGGAUAGAGUCCCCAGGCUGUGUCCCUGCCUGCCUGCUUAGCCUGCUUUGAAGAAGACACUGGAUGAUCAGCUCUGGCAGCUGUUCAGUAUUUGGAUGCGACCUCAGUGGAUCCUCAGGGGAAUGGUUGUGUUUGGUUUCUUUUUUCUUUCUCUUUUUUAAUAUCGCCCUUUAAACGUGUUGCUGUCCAUGUGAACCUUCUUCCAACAACGACAAUGCUGAGCAUCUG